UUAUAUUAGUGCAGAACACUGUACCUUUAAUUUAAAUGCCCUUGGAGUCUGCUGGGGAAGAGAAAUAAUACUGUCAGUCAGUAUGACAUGCAGAUGAGUGCCGUCGAUCUUAGAAUCACCGCACACUUCACUCAUUUGGGCAGUCACGGGGCCAAAACCAGAGUGUGAGCCACAGGUGGCGGUGGAGGCAGCAGCAAUGGAAGGCCAUACAGCACCCUAUCACAAAAUGGAACCCACCAACAGUGUAAGGAGACCUGAAAGUGGCACAUGGCGCAGGGUGGCGGUGGAGGCAGCAGCAAUGGAAGGCCAUACAGCACCCUAU